AUGCAGAUUGCCACUAGUCGCUUGUUGGGAUAUAACGAGUUGCCGGUCAAUGUGUUGACGAGUACUUACUGCGAUUUGAUGGGUGAUGCUAAACUGUUCGCAUUGCAUAACGUCAAGAGAAACAGGAGGGCGGCCGCUGUGGUGCUUUUGUUUGCGGGUGCUGUUAUCAGUGGAUGGCUUAUGCGCAGUCAGGGUGGUUUGCAGAGUGUGUUGUGGGUUGCUGCUGGGGUUAAACUGUUGGUUGCGGUGUUUACGUUUACCUUCCAUCCUGGCAAGACCGACUAG